GUCAUAGUAUGAAGAAGAUGGAGUUCGUUUUUCUGCUUAUCUUCUUUCCUGUCACACUUUCAGUGAAACACUCGCUGAAGUUUUUCCUCACAGCGUCCUCUGGAGUCAAAAACUUCCCAGAUUAUUUGGCUGUUGGGUUGGUUGAUGAAGUUCUAAUACUUUAUUGGGACAGCAUCAGGAGGAAAACGGAGGCCAAAGAGGACUGGUCACAAAAAGUCUUGGACAAUGAUCCACAGCUCUUGGAGUUGUACACUCAGGAGUGUCUGUUAAGCCAAUACAAAUACACAGCAAAAAUUGAAAUUUUGAAGAAGCAACUGAACCAAACUGGAGAUGUCCACAUCUUCCAGCUGAUGUUUGGCUGUGAAUGGGACGAUGAAAAUGGAGAGAAAAAUGGAUUUGUUCAGUAUGGUUAUGAUGGAGAAGAUUUCAUAGCAUUUGACCUGAAGACACUGACAUGGAUCGCUCCAAAACCAGAAGCUGUCAUCACCAAACACAAGCGGGACAGAGAUAGACCCAACAAUGAAAGGUGGAAGUACUUCCUUACCGAGCAUUGUCCUACGUUGGUGAAGACAUAUUUGGAUUACGGGAAGAGCUCUCUGCUGAGAACAGAGCUUCCCUCAGUGUCUCUCCUCCAGAAGACUCCCUCCUCUCCAGUCAGCUGCUUCGCUACAGGUUUCUACCCUGACAGAGCCGAGAUAUUCUGGAGGAAAGAUGGAGAGGAGCUUCAUGAGAACGUGGAACUUGGAGAGAUCCUCCCCAACCAUGAUGGAUCCUUCCAGAUGAGUGUUGACCUGAACCUUUCAUCAGUCACACCUGAAGACUGGAGGAGGUAUGAAUGUGUGUUUCAUCUCUCUGUUGUGAAGGACGAGAUCAUCACCAAACUGGACAAAGCUGUGAUCAAAUCCAACUGUGUUCCUCCCUCAGAGUUCCCUGCUGGUCCUGUUAUUGGAGGUGUUGGAGGACUGCUGCUGCUCCUGGCAGUCUGCAUCACUGGAGUCUUCAUCUGGAGAAGGAGAAAUAAUGGAUUCAAGCCUGCAAACUGCUUCAGACUCAUCAUCCACUGAAACUUCUUGUUUCAAAGAUGCAUCCCUUAACUGAUCACAGAGUAACAACAUCUGGAGAGAAGUGAUGCUGCUGUCCAGCUGUUUCCUCAGACCUUUGGUGGAGAUGAAUCACUGCAGCAGCUACCAGACACCAAAGAGUCACAACGUUACUCCAGUGAAGCAUCUUUUAUCUUUAGAUAUCAAAUUUAUACUGUCUUUGAUGAUCAUUAGCAUUAAAUCCAUUAAUGAAAGACAUGAUGAUACCUAGCACUUUAAACUUCUGCUCUUAAAGCCGAAACCAAACUACUAAAACAUUAUAUGUUGAACUAC